GGCGUUCCAUAUUUUUGUACCUUCUGCAUUGGCACCGCCCACUUACCUUACCAAACCAGAAGGAAGGGACAAGGAAAUAUUAAUAAUGUAGUGUUCUAAAUCAAAUUAAAUAUGAAACUGUAAGAAGAGAUUGAUUCCAUGAUGGUUUCUAGAAUUUCAGUCACCAGUUUACCCGAAAAUGUGGUUCUUGAAAUAUUUUCCUACCUCAGUAUUCCAGAAAGGUGCCAAAUUGCAAGGGUAUGCCGUUUAUGGAGCCAUCUGAUAAGGGACAAGUAUUUGUGGCAGUAUGUUGACCUUACAUCUAAUCCAAUUCCACCCAAAACCCUCUGGAAGGUCAUCCGAGGUUACUUGUCGGAUUCACUUCGCUCUUUGUCACUUCACGGUUUUCUGUACUCCGUAAAAAAAACUGAUUGUUUGUCGCAUGCUCUGCUGGAAGAACUCUCAUCACGUUGUCCCAAACUGACGUGCAUACUGAUUCAAUGUGCAAACCUUACUAUGAUAAAAUCGCACAAAUUUCCACGCAACUUGAAACGAUUAUAUAUCGUACACUGUGAGGUAACACCACAUUGGCUUAAAAGUGCGGUUGAAGAAAAUCGCCUCAAAAGUAUGGAGGAGCUCAGUUUUUGCGACUCAAAACGCUUUUCUGACAUCGAUAUUGAUUAUGUUUCCAAACUCACAAACCUGAAAUUACUUAAUCUGAAUAACUGUUAUAGAAUAACCGAUGAGGCCGUGAAUAAACUGACAAACAGCUUACUUGGAUUGAAAACAUUAAUAUUGAGUGGAUGCUCAAUUACAGACUUGUCGAUACAUUUUGUAAGUCAUCGAUUGAAAAACAUACAGACUUUGGACAUUUCUCGAUGUACUACAUUAACAAAUUCUAGCCUUGCCAUUCUUGGGUUUCCAUACUGUCCAAGAUUUUUAAAAGUACAAGGUUGUAAUUGCCUACUAGUUCAGGAUCUUGCUAAAGUUGUAAAAGCUAACUCAGGACUAAUAAGUAUAGAGUUCAAAGAAGAUGAUGAAAUCAAAUUUCUCACCCAAGCAAAUUUUGAUAGUUUUUUAAAGAAUUCAGAGGAACAAGAACAACAAGAGUAAUAGUAAUUGAGAUUAAUAGUUAAUAGUUUUAAAUAAAUUUUGGUUUUGAGACUCAAUGACAAAGUGGCCACUGAUUAUAUAAAAUCAGAGGUGGGCAUAAAAAUCAGUCUGAGGGCCAAAGUCGGUCGUGUAAGGGCGAGUCAUGGAGCCCUGGGGGAAAGAAAGUGUUGGGUAGACAAUGUCAAAAAAUAUUGUGUGACUAUUUAACAAUAAAUUGAAGUAAUAUUGUGCACACACAUAUUUAAUUUUGAUAUUUGCUGCAACGUAUAAAUAAGAUCUAUGCAUACAUCGUCAUUCCGAAAAAAUAGAAAAAAGAGAAGAACAUUUUUAGAAAGUCCAGAAAGAGGAGAGCAUGUUACGUACUGUAAGCCUACUCCAACAAUAUAAGCUAAUCUUCGAUUUAAAUUCCAUCAGUGUCUAUGCGUCUGAAGCAUUUCUAAACAAAAUCUGAACACCACCCCACUCGGUAAUUCACUUGUCGCAUAACACCUACCUAGCUUUUUCUAUAGAUCCGCUCCUGGUUAUAUUCUGUAAGGGACCAUUCCAACAUUUAAAUAAUCAACCCUAUUAAAACUACAAAAAUUCAGAGACGGAUAGAAAUUUACUUUCCACAUAAUUUGUUGGCCUACGACUUCUGUAUCACUUUUUUUUUAAAAUUUAUUUUAUCUUUAGAACUGUGUAAAUCUCAGGAAAAGUCUUGGCACAUACACGCAAUGUAUAUUCAAACUGAUGUUUUCGAUUGUUGAUGCUUUUCUGUCCUCUAACAGUCUCCAGUACGUUUUUUUAAUUUAAUCUUUUUUUUUUUUUUUUUUUUUUUUUGGUUUCUUUGUAAGGAGCACCUUCUUAGUGAUAAUGUAUAUAAUAUUCUGCAGUUGCUUUCAUCCAAAUUAUUUUAUUUUGGUUUUAUGAAUUAAUGAAUUACUUCUCGGUUGUAAUAAUUGAUGGGAAAUUUACCUUUAUUAGCUAUUUGCUUUGUGAAUAAUUAUGAUUAAUUAUGUUUUAAAUUAAGGAUUAAAUAUUUAAGUAUGCCUUUAAGUAGGACAUAGAAACUGAUCUGACAACCUUUUUAUUUGAAACAUAUUACAAGAACUUCAUACUUUGUGCAUUCCAAAGGUAAUGAAUAAGGAUGCACUAAAAAUCAGACAGCAUAUCAAAAUUAUCAAUGAUUUACUUUACGAAAUGAUAUGAGGGAAAUGGUUAAAUAAUAAAGGGCUAAACUGACGGGGCUACUCCAGCAAACAUUGAAAGAAUACAGAAUGUAAAGAGACCUCAAACUAACUUGGAUGAGAGUAAAGUGAACCUGUGUUUUGGUAGAUCUAAUCUGAUCAUUUAUAUAGUGCCUUUCUUUACAGAUGUGUUAAGCAGGGCCGGCGGAACUUUUUUUAAAGUAGUGGGGGGGGGGCCCACUAGCAUUUCUUUCCGAUCAUACAAAAAUCUGCAUAGACAUUAUAUAUUUUCUGCCAAAAAUUGGGGGUGGGCACCGGUUUUGCCGGCCAUGCGAAGCGCCAUAAGUUAAGAUGCUCAACUUGCAGUUCAAGGUUCUGUUGAAAUACCAGGAUUUUUCCGAUGACUAAAAAACAAUUCCCAUUUCUAAAAUUUGUAAUCGGUAUUUGAAAAUUAAUUGAAAAAAUCCCUUAAUUGUGUGGAGUUAAAAUCAUAGAUUUUGACGUUUUAUCAUUAUCAACUUUUAUUACAGAAGCUUUUUUAAUAAAAAAAAAAUCUUCAGAGUAUCAUUUAAUUUACAGUAAUUUAUGCAGAAGUAUUAUUUACGGUAAGUCUACAGGUUGUUUAACUAACCUUUGUACCUUAUGGCCAACUGUUUGUUUUAACUUGAAAAGUUAAUAAACGAUGUAAUGUUAAACGUAAUGUUAAUCAUUCAUUGCUUACUUUAUAUAUUUCAAUAUAGGUUUCAAGUUUCCAAAUAAAAAAAAGUAGAGGAAAAAAA